CCCUCUCCGGAGCCGCCGGGACGCGGGGAGGAGGAGGGCGGCACGGCCGGAGCUGCCCGCGGCGCCGCGCUCCUGCACCUCCGGACCGGCCCCCUCAGGUGCCAUGACUCAGCAGCCCCAGGAGGGCUUCGGCAGGAGCGUGGGGGACGCCCAGGAGUGGAUGAAGGCUGUGCAGGAGCGGCUGCAGAUCAACGACAACACCCAGGGGCCCCGCGCGGCCUUGGAGGCGAGGCUGCGGGAGACCGAGAAAAUAUGCCAGCUGGAGCCAGAGGGGCGCGUGAAGGUGGAUCUGGCUCUGCGAGCGGCUGAAGCCCUCUUGGCAUGCUGCCAUGAGGACCAGAAGCCCAAGAUCCUGGCCCAGUUGAGGGACCUCAAAGCCCAGUGGGAGGAGACGGUCACAUACAUGACUCACUGUCACAGCCGCAUCGAGUGGGUGUGGCUGCACUGGAGCGAAUACCUGCUGGCCCGAGAUGAGUUCUGCCGCUGGUUCCAGAAGAUGGUGGUGGUGCUGGAGCCCCCCGUGGAGCUGCAGCUCGGCCUGAAGGAGAAGCAGUGGCAGCUGAGCCAUGCCCAGGUGCUGCUGCACAAUGUGGGCCGCCAGGCCGUGCUGCUCGACCGGCUGCUGGAGGAGGCGGCUUCCCUGUUCAACAGGAUCGGGGACCCCAGCGUGGAUGCAGAUGCCCAGAAGAGGAUGAAGGCCGAGUACGAUGCGGUGAAGGCCAAAGCCCAGGCCAGAGUGGAGCUGCUGGAGCAGAUGACCCAGGAGCAUGAGCAUUUCCAGGCAAGCGUGAAUGAGUUCCAGCUGUGGCUGAAGGCGGUGGUGGAGAAGGUGAGCGGCUGCCUGGGACGGCACUGCAAGCUGAGCACCAAGGACCGGCUCUCCGCGCUGCAGGACAUUGGCGAAGAUUUUUCCAGGGCUGAGGAAUCUUUGCAGAGACUGGAGGCACAGGCUGCGGGGGUCAUCCACAACACCUCUCCUUUGGGGGCAGAGAGGAUCACCGAAGAACUGGAAGAGAUGCGGAAAGUUGUAGAAAAGCUGCGAGUCCUGUGGGAGGAGGAGGAGGUGCGGCUGCAGGGCCUGCUCAAGUCCAAGGAAGCCUAUGAGCGGCAGCGGAGGCAGCUGGAGGCUGAGCUGGGAGAGUUCAAGAAGGACCUUCAGAGGCUGGCUGAGGAGGGCCAGGAGCCCACAGGGAAGGCGGGGACUGAGGAGGAGCUGGUGGCCCUCUGGAGACUCUACUCGGCCACGCGGGCGGCGCUGGCCGCGGAGGAGCCCCGGGUGGCCCGGCUGCAGGCUCAGCUGAAGGAGCUUAUCAUCUUCCCCCACGACCCGCAGCCGCUCUCCGACAGCGUGGUUUCGGCCAUCCAGGAGUACCAGAGCAUGAAGGGGAAGAGCAGCAGGCUGCGCAAUGCCACGGGGGUGCAGCUGUGGCAGCAUUCCCAGCGGCCUCUGCAGGAUCUGCAGCUGUGGAGAGCCCUGGGCCAGAGGUUCCUGGAUGUCACCGCCAGCCUGCCUGACCUGCCCUCCAUUCACACCUUCCUGCCCCAGAUCGAGAUCCCCUGUAGGCAGUCCUCUGGUGGAAACAGGAGGGACAGCAUGUUAGGCCAUCACUUUUACUGUGUAUCAAUUAGGAUGCCUGUGACAAGUGACAGAAAACCUGACGAAUGCCAAGAGGCAGGAAGGACGGCCCCACUCCUCCUUCUGCAGGGGCUGCAGGAAGAGGGGCUGGACCUGGGGGCACAGAUGGAGGCUGCUCAGCCUCUCAUCCAAGGGAACCCCAACCACCAGCACAAAGUGGACCGGCUUUCCGCUGACUACCAGGCCCUGCAGAGGUCUCUGGAGGACCUCGUGGACAGGUGCCGGCAGAGCGUGCAUGCACAUUGCACCUUCAGCCACGAGCUGUUGGAGCUCCGACAGUGGAUGGCCAUGGUCACUCAAAAGCUGGAGUCACACCUGGGGGAUGCAGGCUCGUGGGAUGCCCAGUCCCGAGAGGUGGAAGUCGAGAGGCUGCUGGCUGAAUUCCCCGAGAAGGAGGCCCAGUUGCCCCUGAUUGAAGCUCACGGCCGGCUGGCGAUGGAGACAUCUUCUCUGGAAGGGGCUGCUGCGGUCCAGGAGGAGCUGGGGGAACUGGAGCAAUCCUGGAAGGCCCUGAGGCUGCUGGAGGAGAGCCUGCUGAGCCUUCUCAGAAACCAGCAGCUGCAGAGGACAGAAGUGGAUUCAGGGAAGAAAAUGAUUUUCACCAACAACAUCCCAAAGACUGGGUUUCUCAUCACCCCCACGGACCCCAUUCCCAGGCAUCGCCGUCAGGCAGAUCUUCUCCAGGACGGAGGCGGCAGCCACGAGGAUUUCCCCCAGCUCCUGAGGAACUUUGAGCUGUGGUUGCAGGUGGAAAAUUCCAAGCUGGUUAGAAUCAUCUCAAUGAGAACUGCCACAGCCUCGGACAUGAGGUCCAGAGGAAACAAGCUGCAGGAGCUAGAGGCUCGGGUACCGGAAGGUCAGUACCUCUUCGAGAGCCUCCUUCGUCUCAGGCCAGCAAGGGGGACCUCGGAUGAGCUGGAGGAUCUGCGUUACCGAUGGAUGCUCUACAAGUCCAAACUCAAGGACUCCAGCCACCUCCUGACCCAGAGUUCUCCAGGGGAGCCGACUGGAUUCCAAAAGGUCCACCAGAAGCACAGCUGGGCAGCCCUGUGCUUCCAGACAACAGACACCACGGUCUCUGGGAACCUCAGGAUGACCACGCCGACCCAGGACAGGUCCCCUGAUUCCAUAACGGGAGUAACUCGUUGUCCCCACUGCCAUUUUCCACACAAAGGAGAAGAGCCCACGAGCCUGAUGGAUUCGGUAGUUUCUCUUGUCACCCCUCCCCACGGAGGGCUCAGGAGUCCAGAACAUGGAGGCAUCAGCAGCUUCCCCCAACUCUCUCUACCCUCAGCCAAGUCCACAAGGGCAAAAUCACCCCAUCUUGACCCCCAAAGACCUGGUGACACUGACCAGGCAUUCACAUGGCUGGACUAGUGUGGUUGAUGUGGUGUGGGCCCACUGAUGACAUGGUGGGGUGAGUGAGUGUGAGACGAUGCUACACAAGUGGGUCUUGGUGCCAAAAGCAAGCAAACUUCACUGUUUAAAAUGUUCUAUUAUGUAACCAGUGUGUACAGGGACCAUAUCCACUCAGUCAUAUUAUUUGUGAUUGUAAAACAUGCAUUUCCAAUAAAUUAAGCUUUCUGGGAAGGCAAGCAGUGCCAGAGCCAAAUGUCUUGGAACAUGUCAGUCUUAUCUUGGUUCAUAUCAAGUCCAGAACGCCAUAAGCCUUCCCUCCUUCCCACUCAGGACGGAGGGAUGAGAGGACCCUUUUAGUUUCUCCUCAGGGCUGUAUUUGAAAGUCACAUUGACGUUUUCAUCCCCUUCCUGUUGCUCAAGCUGGAAGUAGCAGUGUUCUCAAAGAUGGCUUGGCAUUUCUGUUGUUACUUUAUGUUUUUAAAAACACGUCUGCUUUCUGUUUAAGAAAUAAAAGUAUCU